UAAUCCCUCAGGCUUGGCUGCAGCACGGCCUUGGGAUAAACUGUCAUAAAGGAUCUGGACAUCUGAAAAUGCUAUUUGGAAUUUAACUUUUUAUACAUAUAUGCAUUUUUCUUCAUGCUUUUUCUUUGCAAAAGUUAUUGAUUUACAAGAAGAAUGCAAACUCUGGUUCAGCAUGCGGCACGGUGCAAAUCAAGGAAGGUAGCAGUCUGUCACUGCAGUGUGUGAGGCCAAAACUACAGAAGAUCUGCUGCUUGUGACACCUGGGACCCAGGAGACUGCAGCAACACUUAGAGGAACUCCUUAGGUGGAUUAUGCCAUUGUAGCUGACAGCUUGAGCUUCAACAGUGAGACAGCUACAACACAAAGCAGCUCCUGCUCCCCUUACACCCUGCAGGAACCAUGGAUGACCCCUACCACAAUAACGUGAACCAGCAGAUGAUUGAGACUGGAGAUUACACCUACACUCAAGAUGGAGGAGGUCAGGAUGGCUACCCUUACCAAAGUGACUACCCCCAGCAGGACGAGGAUGCAGCCAGUGACGUCACCGAGGGAGCAGAUGAGGAUGACCAGAUAUAUACAGGGGAAUACCAAGGCAUCCCCCACCCAGAUGAGAUCAAGGAGGCACGGCGGGCAGCCCGGCUGGAGGCCAGAAGGAAAGCUCGUCUGAAUGCACAGCAGGAGGAGGAGGAGGACAACCUGCCGGAGCAGUACGAGACCAUCAUGGAGGACUGUGGCCAUGGACGCUUCCAGUGGAUGCUCUUCUUUGUGUUGGGUCUGGCUCUAAUGGCUGACGGAGUGGAUGGCUUUGUGGUGGGUUUUGUCCUUCCCAGUGCCGAGAAGGACAUGUGCAUAUCCAACGCUGACAAAGGACUGUUAGGUCUGCUGGUGUAUGUGGCCAUGAUGGUGGGUGCGUUGGUGUGGGGAGGUUUGUGCGAUAAGAUGGGGAGGAGGAAGUGUCUGAUCUACGUCCUGACCAUUGACCUGGUCUUCUCCUUUCUGUCCUGCUUCGCUCAGAGCUACGGCUUCUUCCUCUUCUUCAGGUUCUGCUCGGGCUUUGGAAUCGGAGGCUCCAUCCCGAUCGUGUACACCUACUUCACUGAGUUCCUGCAGAUGGAUAAACGUGGAGAACAUCUGAGCUGGCUCUGCAUGUUCUGGAUGCUGGGAGGCCUGUAUGCCUCCUUCACCGCCUGGGGAAUCAUUCCUCACUACGGCUGGGGUUUUGCUAUAGGGACCCAGUUUCAGAUGCACAGCUGGAGACUGUUUAUUCUGGUGUGUCUCUUCCCUGCACUGGCUGCUCUCAUCGGGAUCUUCUUCAUGCCAGAGAGUCCACGUUUCCUGCUGGAGAACGCUCGACACGACGAGGCCUGGAUGAUCCUGAGGCAAGUUCACGACACCAACUGGAAAGCCAAGGACGAGCCAGAGAGAGUCUUCACUGUGACAAACAUAAAGACUCCACAAACUCAAGAGGACGACUUCAUAGAGAUCCAAAGUGAUACAGGAACUGCCUUCCAGCGCUGGACUGUCCGAAAAAUGACCAUGCUGCAGCAGGUGAUGGCCAACGUGAUGUCUCUGUCUGCCCCAGAGCUCAGACUGCAAGGCCUCCUCCUGGUCAUUGUGUGGUUCUGCUUGGCUUUCAGCUACCACGGGCUGGGAGUUUGGUUCCCCGAUAUGAUAAAGUACAUGCAGUACGAGGAGUUCGAGUCCAAGGUGCGAGUGUUUCACCGAGAACGAGUCGAACGCUUCCACUUCAACUUUUCUCUGGUCAACCAAAUCCACCGCGAAGGAGAGUACAUCCACGACAAGUUUGCAAACAUUGAGAUUAAAUCGGUCAAGUUUGAGGAGUCCUUGUUUGAGAACUGCUACUUUGAGGACAUCAAAUCAACCAACACGUUCUUUGAGAACUGCACAAUUAAAAACACUGUCUUCUACAACACAGACCUGUGGCAGGAAAAGUUCAAGAACUGUCAGAUGGAAAACACCACCUUCCUCCACCCGAAGAAAGGCUGCCAUUUAAACUUCCAGGAGGAAAAUGACAUUGUCAUCUACAUGGUCAGCUUCUUGGGCAGUUUGGCUGUGUUGCCAGGCAACAUCAUCUCAGCAUUAUUCAUUGACAAGAUAGGAAGGAUUCGAUUAAUAGGGGGUUCGAUGUUGGCGUCGUCGGCCUGCACUUUCCUGCUGCUCUUAAGUUUCAGUCAAGGAGCUGUAAUAUGCUGGCAGUGUCUCUUCUACGCCAUCAGUGUGGCAGCCUGGAACGGAUUAGAGGUCAUUUCUGUGGAGCUUUACCCCUGCUCCAAAAGAGGCACGGCGUUCGGCAUCCUGAACGCGAUCUGUAAAUGUGCGGCCAUCGUCGCCAGCUUUAUCUUUGCGGCCUUCAUCGGCAUCACGAAGAUCGUCCCCAUCUUCCUGGCCUUCGCCGCCCUCGUCUGUGGCGGUCUGGUGGCCCUGAAGCUUCCUGAAACUCGGGAGAAAAUCCUCUGUUGAGGAGCCAAACGUCCUGCGGUUUUGGAGCCCCAGACACUGACAGUAUCUAAAAGCUCAAACUAAAAGCAGAAAGAUCAAUAACGAGAGGAGUUCAAUGUUCAACAAUCUGUCUGGUUGCCUACAUUAACCCGUGGCUGCUUUCCGUUCCUAGUUUUUCUCAUCUUGUUCACACUGGAAAAAAAAAAAAAAGCAAUAGUUUGUUUGAGAUUUGUGUAAAAGAUUAAAACGUUCAAAUGUGUCUGUGUUUGAAUGGUUGUGUAGUUCAUGUUACCAUGUGGUGCUCUGAAUUGUUUCCCUUUUGAUAAGAGAAGGACUUGUAGUGACAACUUGAACUGGG